AUGCCCGAAGAUCGCUUGGCAGCGAUGACUGCCCAGCCCAGCAUCUACUCUCCACUUGUGCAUGCCAGCCCGACCGAACUGAAUUCCGUUCUAGAGGAGCACACUGUGCUCCGUCAUUUCAGCGGCAAGUCGUCUGGGACUCAUGGUACUGAUUCAAGCUUCCUAUCCCGUCUCCGCCACGACUAUCCAGAAGGUGAUGCGCCACCGGCUAGCGUCAUUCUUGCUGAACGUAUUCCGGAUGAAACGUAUCGUGACCUCGCCCAUGCGUACGCACACAUGGACUUAUUCCUUCGUACGCAUGCACCGGCCAUAUACCACGACCCUGUCAAGGUUCAGGCAUUAUGCGCUGGUGUCGAUGUCUCGUGUUUGACGUGCUCAUACUUCUUGCUCUGGUCGGAUGAGACGUUGGCCGCAUUAUGUGCGUAUCAACUUGGCGCUGAGUUCGAACAGUACCUCAGCGUUCCCGUCUUACUCUCCCUACAGUUGGUACGUGACGACCACAUCGCUGGGGAUGAUGGGACUUCCUCCGUUGCCUCCUCCAAUCUGGCUCUAGAGGAGCCUGAUGCAUCCGCUUCCAGUGACGAUGAAUCGAUGGGCUCUACUGCGGCCCUUGAUACCCCUCAACUCUGA